AUGGGCCUCUUCGGCGACUUGCCUCCGCCGUCCAACGCUCCCAAGCCACCGACUCGCGCCAACCCCCCGCCGUCAACGUCAACUCCGUCUAGCAUACCGUCAACUCCUGCCGAACGGCCCGCGGCGGUCGCGACAAAGACGUCUGCACUCAAGUCGUCACUCAAAGGGAGGACGGACUCCCGGGGAGAGGAGGGGACGGGAAAUCUCAACGCGGGGGACGCGGGUGGGGGAUCGGGGGAAGGCGGAAAGACUAGGAAGCGCGUGGGGAUGGCUGUGGCAGACGAGGCAGACGGCGACGAUAUCCCCUCAACGCUCAAACCUACACAUGAUCGCCCAACCAUCCCCCCCCCCUUCCCAACCUCCCUUUCUUUUCCCCCCUUCUCCCCCUUUCUUGCCCCCUUCCCCACAUCCUCCUCCCCCUUACCAGCCCCCGCGCGCCGGCGGGUGCGCUUCCACACGUUUGCUGAGGUGGCAGAGGACAAGGUGACGUCAGCGAUAGCCAAGAUCGCCGCGCACAUCGGCACGCCGGCCAAGUUCAAGAAGGCGGCCGGCCUCGCUCGGCAGCUUUUGGAGGGCGGCGCCCUGAACAGUGCCGCAAACAGUGGAGUGAACAGUACUGAUAACAGUGCGGUGGAGAGCGGUGGUCAUGCGGGUCGUUUCUUUGGAGUGCUGCAAGCAGCAAUGGGGCUGCUGCAGAGAGAAGGAGGAGGGGGGGCGGGGGGCAUGGUGGUGGGUGCUGCAGGGGACGUUGGGAGCGAGUAUGCUGCGCUGAUUGGCGCUGCUGUGGAGAGAAAGGAGCUGUUUGCGCCGUGGCAGCAGCAGCAGGUGGACGUGUGGGGGCUGCGCACCGUACUCACCCACUCACUCCGCACAGACGACAGCUUUCAGUUUUCCAAGGCAGUGUCUCGAGUACAGCAGGAGGUGGAGAAACUGCCAGAAGCAGCAGAGGAGGAUGAGAGGGAGGAGGCAGGGCUGUUUGCAGGGGUGGCUAUGCAGGGUGAGAGAAAGGAGGAUCUGCUGCUGUGCAUUCAGACUGCCACUGAGAUGUGCCGGCACAAGUGGGCUCAGACAGCCAUAGACAUGCUGGCGCAGCACGCGUACGACCACAGGCGGCGCUUCACCGCGCGGCAGCGGGGGGCAAUCGAGGCGCUGUGGACGAGCGUGAGGCAGCAGCAGCACGAGCGCAAGCACGGCGCGGGCAGGGGCGGGACAGGCCGGCUGGAUGUGACGGCUUUUGAGCGGCUGCAGCGGCACUAUGAGGGCGAGGCGAUUAGUAUCAGGAAGGGGCUGUCUCCGUCGCUUUUCGUUCUACUGCUCCACCUCGACUCCCUAUACUUCACAAGGAUGGCGCAAGCCAAGGCCGACCCCAUCCCGCCGUGCGUGGUCGUUUUGCUUCCAGACGGCUCGGCGCGCCUGUACGACGACGCGCGUCUCACGGCGUCGACCGUGCUCGCCGACUUUCCCCGCCAUGUGCUCCUUUCCACCCUCAGCACCGCCACGCCUCGCACCCCCUUGCCACACGCCGCGUUGCUCAAGCCCGGACGAACAUACUACCUCCUCGCCGAGACGCACCGUCCGCGAGCGGCGACGAAAGUGGCGGUUGAUAUUUCGUCGCUACCAUCGCCAUCGUCGUCGCAGAACUCGCCGAACGUGUUUCGCAAGUCGCAAACCCUUCAUGCGUCCCCGCUUUCGACGCUGUCGCCUUAUUCUCCUCCUUUGUCCGAAGGCGCGAUUCCGCUGGAUUAUCAUCAUGGGCAAUCGCGCAGCUCUCCACCGAAGUCGUGGAAUGAAGGAAUUGCGGAGGGAUACAUUUCGAGAACCACCAGCACGUGCGAGCUUCGUGGGAGCAGGAUUUCGCAAUCGGGUUACAAUGACUCGAUCGCAGGCGUUCCCCCAUCGCGGCGACACGACGGACACACCGCCAACCCUAUACUCCAAGAGUUGGAAGCUCUUGAGGAGAUGACGACCAAUGGUUCCGCGUACGAUACUCGCGACCACCAGUCUCCUGUCGAAGCGCCUUCACCAAUCUUGGCAGAGCAAAUCACAGCGACUCGGCGAACACCAGGCGCACCGAGUCGGAAGAUGAACAAGAGUCAGACCCAAAAGAACAUGUCCGUCCGCAUGGCCGAAUUUCCAAAUCUCGGCAGAAGCAUUAUCAGCGGAGGACAUCACAUGGCGACGCCAAGCCACCGUGAAGAGGAGGGAGCCUUCUGGAAAAAUCUUGACGACAGGACCAUGAUGUUCACGGACACGCAGAUUCUGGUUAGCCAGAAGGAUAUUGAAGCAGAUGUCAGCGCGGCUACACCCACUCGCGCUGCCGUGAUCCGCGCUGGGGUGAAAGUAUACCCGAGAAGGCUACCGGAGCAAGUGGAAGAACCCCGCGCUUCGGAUUAUGAGCACUACUAUUCUCAGGCCUUCCAUCCCAGAUGCUACAAUGAGUCGAUAAUGGGUUGA